AUGAUGUUGUUCGCCUUUCUGUACGUCUUUGCUGUGUUCUGGAUCUGGUGGAGCCUCUGGUGGAAUUGUUUGAAUUGGCGGAACUGGUUCUGGUGGAGGAAGUGCGAUCUGCGCAUUUCAAAAGCUAAGCUUUCUGAGUAUUCAGAAAAGAUUGAAGCACUAGCUUCCAGGCUUGCUGCUUCAGUGCCUGAAAAUGAAAAGCCAAUUAUUGAAAGCAGAGAUGAAAUCUAUGAAGAAGCAAAGCCAGAAAGUCCAAUAUCUUUAUCAUCAGGACUGCGAAGGAGAUCAACAGCCCAUGCCGAAGUUGGACCAAGCCAUCAGGAAGGAAAAGGAGAUAUUGGAGCACCUAUAAAAUUGGAUGCAGAAGCUCAGGCUCACAUUGAGAAGCAUAGGAAGCUCCAAGAAGAUUUGACUGAUGAAAUGGUCGAGUUAGCACAGCAACUGAAGGAACGUAGCCUAAUGAUGAAUCAAUCCGUGCAGGAGACAGAGAAGAUCCUUGAUUCUACCGAGAGGGCCGUCGAGCAGAGCUUGGCAAGCACGGGCCACGCAACCUCGCGAGCUGCGGAGGUCUACUCACUGGCUUCCAAGACUACGUGCUUCCAGUGGCUGCUAAUGUUUGUGAUGACCUGCAUGUUUGUAAUGGUGGUUCUGCUCAUAAGGAUCACUUGA